CAACUUUAGCCGUCCAUAAAGAGAUGGGCGGUGUCUACUUCCUGGAUUGGGAAUUGAAUAAAAAGCAAGCUUCGUGUUUAUCUAACUUGUUUCUCUGCUUCGUCUGCUCUUAAAGGUGUGAAAAUAACUCAAACCGCUCACAAGAUGUCAGAGAAGAAAAUGUCAUCCAGUCGCAAACAUCACCUCAAGAGUGUGAUGCUGGCUGUUGCUAAAGGUAUCUUGGAGGAGGAGUCGAGGGAGCGCGAGGCGGAGAGGGGGAGGUACAUGGCUCAGUGCUGCCCCCCCCUGGAUGUACCCACCAACAUGCAAGAGCUGCAGGAGUUUUGUCGUGAGCUCCAUCACAAAAUCGACGUCAUCGAUGAAGAGCGCUACGACCUGGAGGUGAAGGCCAACAAAAGUAACAAGGAGAUUGAAGAUCUGAAAAUUAAGGUUCAAGACCUGAUGGGCAAGUUCAGGAAGCCCACCCUGAAGAAGGUGCGCAUGUCUGCGGACGCCAUGUUGAAAGCUCUGCUGGGCUCCAAGCACACGGUCAACUUGGACCUGAGGGCCAACCUCAAGCAGGUCAAGAAGGAAGUGAAAGAUGAGGACAAGGAGCUGCGGGAUGUUGGGGACUGGCGUAAAAACAUCGAGGACAAGUCGGGAAUGGACGGCAGGAAGAAAAUGUUUGAGAACGAGGCUUGAAAUAUUUUUUGUUUUGAUCCAACUUUCUUCUUUGACUGAAGCACACAGGUGGUUGGUGUGGUGAAAAGAAGUGUUUAAUGAAACUUUUACAGCGCAUACAUCCAAGUGUGGUCAAGAACACUAUUGACUUUUAACUAUACCACCAUGCGUAGGCAGAGCCCCCUAAAAAAAUGUAUUUCCCCCGCAAAUUGAAAUUUGAAAGUUGAAAAAGUACAUUUGAAUAAUCUCACAAAUGUAAUAAACAGUGAAACCCCCAUUUAGGAACUUUUGUAUUUACACAUCUAUGCCUCUCUGUGUCAACCAUCCCUGUGUGCGAACGCUUCAUUACUUCAUUUUGUGUCACUGACACUAGCAGCCAUUUUGUGCUUGCUCAUAUUAAAGUGAUUGAGGGAGCCGGCUUUCUGCAACAGCAACUUUUUAAUUGUGAUGAAAGCGGAGUAGAAGAUAAUCUCUCCACUCAGACAGCCCUUUACCCCCGCCCUCUUGCAGAGCCUCUUUCCCUCUCAAAAUCUCAGCCAAUACUGGUUUGCAACAACAUUGAGAUCAUUCAACCCUGCCUGGAACCUCUGGGUCCUGUAGAAGUGUGUUCCCUGCACAUUUCACACUUCAGGUAGUUUAUACAAAUCAGGCUGAUGACCUAUGUCAGUGUUUAUGUGUAAAUAACAAUAUAUACAUAAUACAUGUCAGUGUUUAUCUGUAAAUAACAAUAUAUACAUAAUACAUGUCAGUGUUUAUCUGUAAAUAACAAUAUAUACA